GUCGUAUUGACGACCCUGUAGAGCGGAAACCUACAGCUUAACGGGAAUCUCUCGAAAACGAUGCCAGUCGAUGGCGCAGCUGGUACCCAGCUCUUGUAUAUUGCCGGAAGCUUCCUUGAAUGGCUAGUGACCCUGUCUCUCACGGAGAGAUAUCGCUCACGCCUGGAAAGCACGUUUGCCUUGCACGACACAAAUGGACCAGCCAUAGGCGUAUUACGUGGGUUUAACGCCAUGUACCGCCAGGAGCUCCGAGUCAGCCUGCGCUGUGCCAUUUACGCGAUGCUAAUGGCCACGGAAACACAGACGCUCCGGUUUCCUUUUGGAAUGAGCGAGCGGACCCACGAAGCCUUGAAGCAUCCGGUGACAAGAAUUUUAUGGAUUCUUAGCCUCUUCUAUGCGGCUCUCAGCAUCCUUCUCAGCCUCUAUUUUUCGCACUUGCUAUGUAAUGCGCUGAUGUCUGCGGGGAGAGCUGAAAUCUGGCUUCGGAAUGCUCGCCGAGCAAGAAGGUUACCAGUGCCACUGGCUUUACCCCAUUUGUUCUCCGCCUGGGCGGUCAUAUUGUUCGUCGCUUACCUGUUUGCGUAUGCAGUCUACUCUCUCCGAGGCGAAGAGCACGAAUGGUCUCAUCUCGAACCCUCCAGAUGCCUUGUGCUCGGCGUAGCGCUCAUCUGUUUUGUAUCAGCUGUAGCCGCGGUAUACAGCUGUCAAGCACUUAAACGCUUAGGCCGGCCAGUGAUAAGGGCCUAGGUCAUUGUAGCGAUGGCCCAUUGCAAACUCUGGGGGUCAUCGAAGACAACGAAGACAUUGUUGUUUGCCUUGGUUGGCCCUCAUCUUCCUUCUCAUAGUACCUUGAUUACGCUCCUUCUCAGCCUUGUGGAUCGCCAUACACUGUCUUGUUUGUCAUAUAAUACUGUGAAGCUAUCAUUUCCGC